AUGCCAAGUGAUUUAGAUAUAGAGUUUAAUGAAGAAUGCAUUAUUGAACAUAAUCGUCUAAGAGCUUUACAUGGAUGUCCAGAAUUAAUCCUUGAUUAUGAAUUAGCUAAAGAUGCACAAAAAUAUGCAGAACAUUUGGCAAGUGUUAAUGAACUUGAACAUUGUACAGAUACUGAUUCAGGGGAGAAUUUAGCUUUUUUUACAACUACUACAGUUGCUCAGAAAAAAGAUUUUACAGGUCAGUUACUUGAUAUUUCUUAA